CAUUUUCAUUUCAUUGCUGUCGCCUAGAAGGCCUGGUUUUUUUUUAAAGUAGUUAACUGGUAACCCAGUUAAUCAGCCGUAGUGAGUUCGAUGAGUUGUGUGUACUAUUUUGAUAAAAACUGCGUUUUAAAACAGUCCAAUGUCAUUAUGUUCUAAAUUGUGGUGUAGUAUAAGUGUUUAUUUGCCACGAUAGAAUACAUUUGGGCAUCCACCAUGCCCGUUACACUUGUAGACAGGUUGCCCUUGCCAAAUCUCAAGGUUUAUACAGCGGGAAGUGUUUCACUGCUUUCAAUUGCUGUUUAUUACGCUUUGAGUGUAACUAGUGAUCCAAACUGGCGUGCAAACUCAACGCUAGCCCGACAGGACUCAAUAGAGUCCGGGCAAGGAGAGCAGCGAUCAAUACCAGACCAGUUGCAGCCCAAUAGUACCAGAAAUGUAUCAGAGCAGUUUGUGGAUGUCAUAACAUUUAUGAUGCAGGAACCACUAUGCAUGUGGACCCUGAUCAACAUAGCGUACUGCUCGCUGGCGGUGUUCGGGUUCGCGGUGCAGCGGCUGGUGUUCGGGCCGCUGCGCGUGGCCGAGGCGCAGCGCGUCAAGGACAAGUUCUGGAACUACGUGUUCUACAAGUUCAUCUUCGUGUUCGGCGUCAUCAACGUGCAGUACAUGGACGAGGUGCUGCUCUGGUGCUCCUGGUUCACACUCGUCGGCUUCUUGCACCUGCUCGGUCAGUUGUGCAAGGAUAGAUACGAAUAUCUGUCGUCAUCGCCGCACUCGGGCGGCUGGGCGCACGUGCGGCUGGCGUGCCUGCUGGCCGGCAUCCUGGCCGCCGCCGCCGCGCUGCUGGCCGCCGCCGCCGUCUGGGGCCUGCCGGCCGGACGCGACACCUUCGCCUUCAUGGCGGCCGAGUGCGUGCUGGUGCUGGUGGGCGCGCUGCACGUGGCGGCGCGCUACGCGCUGGCGCUGUGCGCGGCGGACGCGGCGGGCGCGGCGGCCUACUACGUGGCGCUGGGCUUCGAGGCGGCGGCGCUGCUGGCGGAGCUGGCGCUGGCGGCGGCGCAGGUGGCGCAGUGCUCCAUGCUGGUGUCCAUGGCGUCGCUGGUGCUGCUGCUGCAGCUGCGCCACCUGCUGCACGAGCUGCAGGCGCGCCUGCGCCGCCACCGCCUCUACACGGCGCUGGCCACGCACAUGAGCCGCAAUUAUCCAAUGGCUAGCAAAGAAGAAGUGGAGAAGAAUCAGGAUAACUGCGCCAUCUGCUGGGAACCAAUGAAGGAGGCUCGCAAGCUGCCCUGCUCCCAUCUGUUCCACAAUUCGUGCCUGUGCCAGUGGGUGCAGCAGGACGCGUCGUGCCCGACGUGCCGGCGCGCGCUGGCCGCGGGUCCGGCCGCGCCGCGCCAGGACGCCGCCCGCCACCCCAACCAUCUGUUUCAUUUCGACGGGUCCCGCUACGUGUCGUGGCUGCCGAGCUUCUCGGUGGAGGUGACGCGCGUGCGGCCCGAGGCGGCGCUGGCGGGCGCGCAGCUGGACGCCGCCGCCGCGCAGCUGCAGCUCAUGUUCCCGCAGCACUCGCGCGCCGCGCUGGCCGCCGACCUGGCGCGCACGCGCUCCGCCGACCUCACGCUCGACAACAUCCUGGAGGGCCGCCUGCCGCCCGCCGCGCCGCCCCGCCCCGCGCCGCCGCCGCCCCGCCCCGCGCCCGCGCGCGCCGACGCCGCCACCAUGGCCGCCGCUACACCCGCCGACCCGGCCGACGGCGCGGGCCGCUUCUCGCGCUGCGCGGCCGAGCGCGAGGCGCAGCUGCGGCGCCGCAAGCAGCAACUGGUGGAGGCGGCGCGGCGCCGGUACCUGGCGCGCUUGGCGCCGCGCAGCUAAGUUGCCGGUACCUGGCGCGCUUGGCGCCGCGCAGCUAAGUUGCCGGUACCUGGCGCGCUUGGCGCCGCGCAGCUAAGUUGCCGGUACCUGGCGCGCUUGGCGCCGCGCAGCUAAGUUGCCGGUACCUGGCGCGCUUGGCGCCGCGCAGCUAAGUUGCCGGUACCUGGCGCGCUUGGCGCCGCGCAGCUAAGUUGCCGGUACCUGGCGCGCUUGGCGCCGCGCAGCUAAGUUGCCGGUACCUGGCGCGCUUGGCGCCGCGCAGCUAAGUUGCCGGUACCUGGCGCGCUUGGCGCCGCGCAGCUAAGUUGCCGGUACCUGGCGCGCUUGGCGCCGCGCAGCUAAGUUGCCGGUACCUGGCGCGCUUGGCGCCGCGCAGCUAAGUUGCCGGUACCUGGCGCGCUUGGCGCCGCGCAGCUAAGUUGCCGGUACCUGGCGCGCUUGGCGCCGCGCAGCUAAGCCACUGUACCUGGCGCUGCGGAGUUACUGAUCGAUGCUCGGAUACUCCAAACGGUGUGUUGCAACCCGAAUCUUUAUUUUACUAAGUAGCCAUAAAAUACUGAUAUGAUGUAAAUACGUCACCCUUUGUGAUAUAUAAAUUAGUGUAAAAAUUAGUAUAGCCUCCAAUAACGACGAGUCUGGCUGAAUGAUUAUUACAAAUAAUAUUUCGGUUAAACUGUCGACGCGCGACCUUAUUUAGACGUUAGUCAAUUUAUUUUGUCUUUGAGAGUGUAUUUUUCUAUUUCAUAAAAAAAUAUUAUCGUCCGUAGUAUGUACUCCUAGAUUACCAUUAAAUAUAAACUCACUUAUAAAUUAUUGGAACCAGUUUGAUCUCUUUAUAAUAUUCGAAAGCUUGUUUUGACAGAAAGUUUAUACAUUAUUUCAUUAGAUUAGUGAUUACUCAUGUAUGUUGAAGUAGACGACAUAGAUGUAACAGUUAUUAUAACGUGAUGUCCCACGCUCGUGCAUUAUAUAACAUGUCAUUCAUUAGAUAAACUGUAACAAUACAAUUAUAGGUACAUGACUCUUUAUCAUUGUUUACUAUAUUAUAUUUUUUCUACAAUUUAAUGUACCAUAAUUAUUUAUGUGUGGUUUUGUACUUAUAUUGUGUACAAAUAAUAAUAUGUGAGUGGCUCCAUACACAGCCAAACUAAAAAUGAUCAUUUAAAUGUGAUAUUAGCAACUUGACAAAAUUAUGUUCAAAAAGUAAUCAUUGUGGCUGAAGCUUGUGUUGAAAGUAUUAUUUUUUUUUCUAGAAAACAUUUAACCAGGAGCGUUGAAUCAGAAUAGCUGUAAAACAAGACAAUUGCUUGCUAUUAAUGAUGUCUGUUUUGUAGUGAUUAAUAACAUUUAUAGCCACAACAUUAGCUGACUGCUGAUACAUAUAAAAUUUUAAAUAUAUUAACAUAAAAUUGAUUCAUGACUAGUCAAAUAAAAAUAAUAAUAUUGAAAGUUA